AUGGCCAACUUCGGGCGAUUUGUGUGUGUUUUGGUGCCAUUUUUGCUGACACUGGCAGCGCUGGUUGCGCUGCUGGUGGGUGGUCUGUCUGGCAUCGCCGACAAGGGGUUGUACAUGUUUCAGGUCGACGUAACCAAGCUCGAAAUUUCGCCGCUCUCCGUUUCCAAGAUCCUCGAUGGCAGCGGCAUCGACAUUCCUAACCUCAACGACAUCGAUGUCUCCAACAUCGACAUCAGCAAGCGCCAGGCACAGACGACCAACAUCAUGGCUAAAGACCUCGGCCUUUAUGACCUGUACGACGUCAACGUCUGGAACUACUGCUAUACGACCCAAGAUGGCAAGCGCGAUUGCAUCAAGCCGGCCUUCAACUGGGCCGCCAAAGAGCUGGACGCGACGACGAACGACUUCAACAGCAUGCUGACGUCGACGGGCCUGAACGUGGAGCUGCCUAAGGAGAUUACCGACGCGCUCAAGGCCUUUGGCACCGUCUCCAAGUGGACCCAGAUUGUCUUCGUCAUCGCCUACGUCGCGUUGGGCAUCGAGCUCUUCUUCGGCCUUUUCGCCAACUGCAGCCGCGCCUUCUCGUGCGUCACCUGGCUCAUCUCGGCCGUCGCGACCGUCGCGACGAGCGGCGCCGCCGGCCUGGCCACCGCCACCGCUACCGUCGUCGUCGGCGCCGUCAAGGCCUCGGCCGAGAUCUACGGCGUCCAGGCAAAGCUCAACUCGCGCUACCUGGCCACCGUCUGGCUCGCCGUCGCGUUCGCCUGGGGCGCCGGCCUCUUCUGGAUGUUCACUAUCUGCUGCUGCAAGCCCGACCACUCGUCCCGCCGCAGCCGCCAUGCCGACAGCGAGAAGCUCAUCCCGUCCUCGGGCCCCGGCUACCAGCGCCUCAGCGAGCCCAACGGCUACCACGGUGCCGGUGCCGCCUAUGCCCAGCAGUACCCCCGGCAGUCAUACGGGCCGGUGCAGCAUGCUGGCGCGUACGAGCCGUAUUCGCAUGCGCGGGUCUAG